AUGUUUCAAAUUCAGUUUUUAAAUUUAAAAGGUUCAAAUUCAUAUGAAGACCAAGUCAAAUAUAUCGAAGAAAAAUUUGAAUCUCUCAAUUCCAAUCCAAACAAAACUGUUUAUAUUCACGAAACUUGUGCUACAGAUACUAAUCAGGUAAUUAAAUUGUACAAUUUAGUAAAGCAGCUGCGCUAUAGCUAUUUCUCUCCUUUAGCUAGUGCAAAAGGUUAA